AUGUCUGUGAAGCCCCUGCUAUCUUCUUAUCAUGCUAGACCCGUAACCUUGUCCGGCGGCUCGCCCGUGUCGGGCUCUAUUCUUUCCAGAUUAAUGCUUGUGUUCACGCAAAUGCCCAAGCUCGUUAGUGCAUUACCCAUUGGCAUCCGCUCCAUCAACCACGUGAAAACCCAGAAGCACCCGGCGUUGACAGCCGAACAGUUUUACUUGAACUUGGCCAUUUCUGCCACCCUUGUGCUCUUGGGUGGAGUAUUUGCUGGUCUUACCAUCGGAUUGAUGGGCCAAGAUGAGGUGUAUUUGAAGGUGAUGGCCACCUCGGGAGACGCCCACGAACGGAAACACGCCCGCAAGGUGCUUCGUUUGAUUGGCAAAGGAAAGCACUGGGUGUUAAUUACGUUGUUAUUGUCCAACGUCAUCACCAAUGAAACAUUACCCAUUGUGCUCGACCGGUGCUUGGGGGGUGGAUGGCCCGCGGUGGUGGCAUCCACUGCGUCCAUCGUGGUGUUUGGCGAGAUCAUCCCCCAGAGUAUCUGUGUGCGUUACGGCUUGGAAGUCGGCGCCUACUGCUCGCCGUUUGUGUUGAUUUUGAUGUACGUGAUGUACCCAAUUGCGUUCCCAAUAGCCAUGCUUUUAGACCACAUUUUGGGGGAAGACCACGGAACCGUGUACAAAAAAAGUGGCUUGAAAACCUUGGUGACGUUGCACAAAACCAUGGGGGUGGAGCGAUUAAACGAGGAUGAGGUCACCAUCAUUAGUGCGGUUUUGGACUUGAAAGAAAAACCUGUUGGCACUAUCAUGACGCCGAUGGAUCGCGUCUUUACCAUGAGUGCCAACACCAUCUUGGACGAGAAAACGGUGGAGGAAAUCUUCAACGCCGGCUUUUCAAGAAUCCCCAUCCACGUACCAGGAGAGCUGAUGAACUUCAUUGGAAUGUUAUUGGUGCGAGUACUCAUCAGCUAUGACCCCGAGGAUGCGUUACCGGUGGCCUCGUUCCCGUUGGCCACCUUACCGGAAACCGGCACCGAUACCUCUUGUCUCAACAUCUUGAACUAUUUCCAAGAAGGAAAGAGUCACAUGAUUGUGGUGAGCAGCCAUCCUGGAGAACCCUUUGGGGCUCUUGGGGUGCUUACGUUGGAAGAUGUCAUUGAAGAAUUGAUUGGAGAAGAGAUUGUCGACGAAAGUGACGUCUAUAUCGACAUCAACAAAAACAUCAAAAGAACCCAGCCAGGACCUUUGGCCAAACGCAAUCUCACCAGCUACUUGCACACGUUAUACCAACGGAGCAGCAACGGUUCCAAGCGUAACUCAUUGGACAACACCCGUCCAUCCAUGGACCAUCCUCCACCCGGUGAUGGGGGUAGUCCUGUGCAUCGGGUCAUCAGCAAGUCUGAGUACCAGAGCCGUGGUGGAGCCCUUCUCUCCAACAACAGCAGUAUUCUUCCGGCCUUGGACUCCAGCAAAACGUGGAUGCCCAUCAACCCUGCGGCCAACCCGUUGGAAACAUCCAAGCUGUUUGUGACGAUCAAGAGACCCGAUAUCGAGGGCGUAAGAAACUCGGUUCUCCAGAGCCCCCGAAGUACUCCUGCCCACGACGAGGCGCUAGACGGGCCGGACUACGGGGUGGUACAUACUACUGAGGAAGGAGCUAUAAGUCAUCAAAAGGCCAUUAGUAACAAUAACGGCAACGGGGACCACAAAUUCUUGCUCCCAAGCGAGCGGGAAGCAGACAUCUCGGACUUCCAGCAUCGUCUCUCGUUGCCGGAAAACGGUGAGAUCAGUCACCAGAAACACUACCGGACCGGAGGAAUCAUUGAGUCUGUCAUUAACGUUAAAGGAGUUCAUAAAACCAUCAUUGAGAAUGUUAGCGACGAAGACCGUGAUUUUGAGUUCGAUGAGUCUGAAGACCGUCGUCUCUUGGGAAGUCGUAAGAACUCAACCCUCAAGCACCGGUAG